CACACCCACGCGCACACAAGAAGCACGGCAACAACACAAAGGUGCAUUCAUAUCCGCAGGCAGCACUCACACACCCACACUCAGACAGACAGACAAAGAGUAGCAAGCAAUGUCGGCUCUUCGUGGAGGCAUGGCCAAGGUGCCGCUCCGCCUCAUUGGCGGCCUCAUUGGUCUCGGCACAGCCGCGUACGGUGUCAACGAGUCCAUCUUCACAGUCGAUGGUGGUCACCGCGCCGUCAUCUACAGCCGUCUCUCCGGUGUGACGGACUCUGUGCUCGGCGAAGGUGUCCACUUCAGGAUUCCCUGGCUUCAGCGUCCCAUCAUCUACGACAUUCGCGCAAAGGCAAAGCGCAUCACUUCCCUCACCGGAACCAAGGAUUUGCAGAUGGUCAACGUGACGCUUCGUGUGCUGUGCCGCCCCCAGAUCAACCAGCUUCCCUCCAUCUACAGAAACCUUGGCACAGACAUGGACGACCGUGUGCUCCCUUCCAUCAUGAACGAGGUCCUCAAGUCCGAGAUUGCCCGUUUCAACGCGUCACAGCUCAUCACGCAGCGUGAGAAAGUCAGCCGUCUCAUCCGCGAGAACCUGACUGAGCGUGCCGAGGACUUUUGGCUUGUGCUGGAGGAUGUGGCCAUCACGGACCUGAGCUUUGGCACGGAGUACAGCCGGGCUGUUGAGGCGAAGCAGGUUGCACAGCAGGAGGCCCAGCGUGCUGCCAUGCUUGUCGAGCGCGCAAAGCAGGAGCGUCAGCAGAAGAUUGUCGAGGCUGAGGGUGAGGCCAAGUCCGCAAGCCUUAUCGGCGAGGCCAUUGCGCAAAACCCUGGCUUCCUUGAGCUGCGGAGAAUAGAUGCUGCGCGGGAGAUUGCGGGCACGCUGUCCAACUCGGCCAACCGCGUCUACCUCGACGCAAACCAGCUCCUCCUCAACGUCGACGACUACGAGUUCUCAGAGACGGCGCUCAAGGCUGCGUCCCCGAAGAGUCAAUAAGCGACACACUGUUGGCCCUGUCCACGCAUCUGCUACCGCCGCUUGCAAACACACGGUCGUGGUGUAACAGUGCUGGUGGCGAUGAUGGCUGGACGAGGCGUCCUUUGUAUGAACGUGUGAUGUGUGUCGUUGCAUUGGCUGUUGGUGGCUCUGCUCAGUUCACCCACUGUGUUGUUGGGGAGCUGUGACUCGUGCUCAUGCGUGCGUUCAUAUCUUCGCAGGUGGUUUGCUGUGGUGUAUGAUUGUGGCUUGUAUGGCUCGUGACGUGUGUGUGUGUGUGGGAUUGUGGUGUGCCUGCUUCCAAUCCGUGCUGUUGUGGCUGUUGUGGAUGUGAUGAUGCAACAAGGUGUAAAAGGGUGAAGAAGACCUCACAAAUGAAGACCCCAAUCCAAGCA